CUUUAUUAUUCCAUAAUAAGUCCAUCCACCGCUUCCACAACUAUCACUAGGUUACUCACUCUUCUCGUUGUUUCUGAAUAAUCAUAGUAGUCGUUUGGAGGCAAAAUUGAAAUGGAUAUUAAGAUCGUUUCAGCCAUCACUCGUUUGGCAAACUACAUGCCAUUGGGGUCCUAUGUCAUCUACACCGCUCUAGAGACCUAUUCUUUCUCAUUGGGUGCAACGCCUGCGCCAGUGACAACCAUUGUCCAAACACCAGCUGCGAACUAUACAUGUUACUACUAUCCAGGAACAUCAUUUACAUACAGGACUUGUACAGACGAUCAAUCCAAUGCCCUCAAGAUUUCAUUAGCAAUUGGAUUUUUCCUUGCUGUCUUUCUAUCCUUCUUGAAGCAGAUACCCAAAAAUGGGACACCGCCUUUGGCUCCCAAAGAUGAAGAGAAGGAAAAAGAGGAGGAGGAUGACCAAGGUGUAGGAGGUGGAGAAGCAAACAAUCCUAUCAGGCAGAAAAAACAACAAAAGGGGUCAUCAAAGAAGACGAGAAAGUAUCGUCGGGGUGUACUAUAUGCAGAAGGAAACAUUUACUAUCUUGAUUUUGGCGACCAUCAUAUUUGGGGUCAUGCCGCUUUAUCGUUUGUCGCAUUCGGAACACUAUCCUUGUUCUCUGCUUCUGUCAGCCAAUGUCUAUUCCCAAAGGUCCGCUCUUGGAUUUUUGUCUUCACACAGGUGGUCCUUUUAGUCAUUUGUUGUUUUAUUGCCAUGUUCUGGAUCGAUGAUCCCACUCUCUCUAUCGGCCUUAUGGUUGUCCCUACUACUGAUGAUCACUCUACCCAAACCGGUAAUGACAGCGCUCGUCCUGGCACUGGUAGCGGCAAUGGAAGUUCCAAUCCUGCAAAUUCAAUAACAACAGCACCUGUGGCGACCUUUAAUGCGAGCACCAGCACAACAGCACUUCCGAUGACAUCAUUCCGAGUUUCCAAGGAUCAUUUAUCCACAACCUCGGGCCUUGCAAAUAUUGCUCUCACCGACACAUCCUUGAAUUCACCCAUGAGCAUGUCCUCAACCUCUGGAUUUUCAAAUGCCAGUUCAACUACAACUCUAGCCUAUGGAAGUGGAGGCACGGGUAUCGUUGGAACGACGCCUACCACUCGCAUGAAUCUUGUAACCAAAGGACGUGCACCGACCAUGUCCUCUGUCAAUGAGAAAGAGGGACAGGAAUCUAUGGAUGAGAAAGCCUCGCAACCUAACCAUGGCCCUGAUCUCAAUUUCGACUGUAAUCAUAUUCAUCACCAUCAUAACCAUCAUCACGAUCAGCAACAGCAGCAAAGGAAUGAUUUGAUAUCCACGACAAGUCCUGUAUCUGGACUAUCACCCUUGUCUGAAAGCCGAGUACGAGUAGAGGAAGCAAAAGAUCAUUUGUCGCUCAAGAUGGAUGAGGCAUAAGUUGACCCAGUGAGCAUGAAUAGACUGCCAUUUCGAGAACAUACGACCUUUACUAUAAGAGUCUUUAUUUCAAUCUAUCCAUAUUGUAUGUAGAACGCUUCUCUUUUUGUCUUUUUUCGUUUGUUUCUAUAUUCACAACCAAGACACCAAAUAUAUGUAUAUAUGUAUAUAAAAAAAAACUGUAUAUUACUCAAAAUUGGAUCCAAAAAAAGGGAACAUUAGAGCUUUUUUUUUUUUUUUUUUUU